AUGUCAUCUUUAGAUGCUUCUAGUUCUGUCCGUACGAAAACUGCAAAACCUGACUCCCGCUCUGUCUCAAAGAUAGAUCGAGAUGCGUCACAGGCUUACAAGCUCCAUUGCGUCCCAAAAUCAUCAAAGAAAAACAAUCAGCCCAAACCUCUUCCUAAACCCGCUUUAGACGAGUAUAAGGGUGGUUCGUCGCCUUCCAGAGCACUAGCUCCACAAACCCCUCAGAAGAGUGCGGAGAAACAGUUCAAACAGACCAUUGAAGGUUUUGAAAAGCAGCUUAAGAUCAGGGAAGCGGCGAUCACUGGCUCAUUUGAACAAAAGCUGGCCAUCGGUGGGAAAGAGAAUGUCUCAACAUCCAUUCACGCAAAGUCGGCUCUCGAAGAAUCUGAAGGUCUUCUUGCCCUCUACGAAGAGGCGCCAGCUACAGAAACCCAAAUCGAAGAUCUAGAUUACGACCAGUACGAAACCAAUCGUGCCAAUUUGCUUCGAUUAUGCAAAGUCGCUUAUGAGAGGGGUAGAAGAGAUGGAAGCGCAGAAGAUCGUAAGAAGAUGAAGGAAGAGUGCUACUGCCGCGGCUUCAAGGAGGGCCAUAAAGAAGGGCGCGAGGAAGGGUGGAAGGAAGGAUAUUGUGAGGGCUAUGACGAAGGAUACAUGAAAGGGCGGGAAUAUGGUGACAAAAAGAUCGAAAAGGAAAUCAACGAGGCGAUUGCUGAGUUGACAAAGAAUCCUAACGCUUUCUUAACUAGCAGUGAGUAUCUACCCUGA